AUGAAGAGGAUCUGCACGUUCUGCGUUCUCCUGCUCUGUUUGAUGGACAGAGCCUCGGCCAGGGCCAUCAACGAAGGAAGGACUAAAGAUCUUCGGGUCUCCAGGCCUCUGAUCGUGCCAGGUUACCCAGAAAACACCACGGGGUUGGUGGGUGGUCAGGUGAAGCUGGCGUGUAAAGUCCACCGGCCGGCGUCCACGAAGGUGCAGUGGCUGAAGACGGAGGUCAGCCAGGGGGGACCGCCUCGCCUCCGGGCUCUGACGGCCCUGCAGAGCAACGCGUCCAAGGUGAACACUUUGCAUCUGUCCAACAUCACGCCGGAGGAUGCGGGAGAGUACAUUUGCAUGGCCGAGAACACCCACGAAGGACAGGCGGUUCAGGCCAUGCAGUCGGCGUGGCUGGAGGUCCUUCCCGGUACCAUCAUUUCUCGAACUGUGGACCUGACUGCCGCAGACAUCCCAUCAGAAGUUAUCGACGACCUGAGCGAUGACACCACAGAGCAUCUUCUGCUCGAGCCGGGCAACGUCCUGAAACUGCGCUGCGACCCGAGCACCCGGCCCGGCAUGGCGGUGAACUGGUACAAGGAGGGGGUCCGGGUUCUGCCCACGCCCCGCAUCCAGAUCCGCGGAGCCGUCGUGGAGAUCACAGACGUGACAUACGAGGACUCUGGCGUUUAUGUGUGCGUUCUGCGGGGAAGCAAAGAGCCCGUGAGGAACUUCACCAUCACUGUGGCCGACUCGUUGGGGUCGGGGGACGAUGACGAGGAAACCGGCUUGGAGGACUCAUCGGCUGAGAUGGAAAACGACCAGGUUUACUUCUCCAGAGGUCCUUACUGGACCCACACUCAGCGUAUGGAGAAGAAGCUGUACGCUGUUCCCGCGGGCAACACGGUGAAGUUUCGUUGCCCGGCCAUGGGCAGCCCAAUGCCGAGCAUCCGCUGGCUGAAAAAUGGACGUGAGUUCAGAGGAGAGCACCGCAUCGGGGGCAUCAAGCUGAGACACCAGCACUGGAGCCUGGUGAUGGAGAGCGUUGUGCCUUCAGACAGAGGAAACUACACCUGCUUGGUGGAGAACAAACAUGGCUCCAUCGCUCACAGCUACGUCCUCGAUGUCCUGGAGCGUUCCCCACACAGGCCCAUCCUGCAGGCCGGUCUACCAGCCAACAUCACAGCAGUGGUGGGCAGCGACGUCCAGUUCCACUGUAAGGUCUACAGCGACGCCCAGCCUCACAUUCAGUGGCUCAAACACAUAGAAAGGAACGGCAGCCGCUACGGUUCUGAUGGGACGCCCUACGUUCGGGUCCUCAAGACCGGCAGUCUGAACAUGUCAGAGGUGGAAGUUCUCUAUCUGUCUAAAGUUACCAUGGAGGAUGCAGGAGAGUACACCUGUCUGGCUGGAAAUUCAAUCGGAUUUGCGCACCAGUCCGCCUGGCUCUCCGUCCUCUCAGAGGAGGAAGCAGCGGACGCUAUGGAGACCAUGGAGACAAAGUACACUGACAUCAUCAUCUACGCCUGUGGUUUCCUGGCUCUGAUCAUGGCCAUUGUCAUCGUGGUGUUGUGUCGAAUGCAGGUGCACCCCAGAAGGGAGCCGUUUGACGCCCUGCCAGUCCAGAAGCUCUCCAAGUUUCCUCUUCGCAGACAGUACUCGGUGGAGUCCAACUCGUCAGGGAAGUCCAGUGCAUCGCUAAUGAGGGUGGCUCGCCUCUCGUCCAGCUGCUCUCCCAUGCUGGCUGGAGUCAUGGAGUUUGAAUUGCCCUACGACCCGGACUGGGAGUUCCCCAGAGAGAAUUUAACGUUGGGCAAACCUCUCGGAGAAGGCUGCUUCGGUCAGGUGGUCAGAGCCGAUGCCUACGGCAUCAACAAGGACUCUCAGGGUCCAGCCUCCACUGUGGCGGUUAAGAUGCUCAAAGAUGACGCCACAGACAAAGAUCUGGCCGACCUCAUCUCGGAGAUGGAGCUGAUGAAGGUCAUGGACAAACACAAGAACAUCAUCAACCUGCUUGGAGUUUGCACACAGGAUGGACCUCUGUACGUACUAGUGGAGUACGCCUCCAAAGGCAGUCUGAGGGAGUACCUGCGGGCCCGGAGACCCCCAGGCAUGGACUACACCUUUGAUGUGACCAAGGUGCCUGAAGAGCAGCUCACCUUCAAAGACCUGCUGUCCUGCGCUUACCAAGUAGCCAGAGGGAUGGAGUACCUGGCCUCCAAAAGGUGCAUCCACAGAGAUCUGGCGGCCAGAAACGUUCUGGUGACGGAGGACAACGUGAUGAAGAUCGCUGACUUCGGCCUGGCCAGAGGAGUCCACCAGAUCGACUACUACAAGAAAACCACAAACGGACGACUGCCGGUGAAGUGGAUGGCACCGGAGGCUUUGUUUGACAGAGUCUACACACACCAGAGCGACGUGUGGUCGUUUGGUGUUCUGAUGUGGGAGAUCUUCACGCUGGGCGGCUCCCCGUACCCCGGCAUCCCCGUCGAGGAGCUCUUCAAGCUGCUGAAGGAAGGACACCGCAUGGACAAACCCUCCAACUGCACACAUGAACUCUACAUGAUGAUGCGUGAGUGCUGGCACGCCGUUCCCACCCAGCGGCCGACCUUCAAGCAGCUGGUGGAGGAGCUGGACAAAGUGCUGCUGUCCAUCUCUGACGAGUACUUGGACCUGUCGACGCCCUUCGAGCAGUACUCCCCGUCGUGCGAGGACACGUCCAGCUCCUGCUCCUCCGACAACGACUCUGUUUUUACCCACGAUGCCUUGUCCACCGACCCCUGCCUCCUGGGCUACCAGGACGUGCGCUCCAGGAUAGACAUGAAGACGGCGCUCCGAUAGACUCGCGACGGAAGCCCCUCCCCCUCCCCGCGUUUACAGACACGAACACAACACAUGUAACACAUCCACUGGCGGCCAUAUUGGAGGUCUGCAGAAGCUCAAAAAAAGUUCACAAAAUUGGACCUCCAUUGUGGCACCAGCCAAAGCCCAUAGGUAUAGUUGGGCAUUUAUACAAACACACACAUAUAUAAACACAUGUAUGCACGUGGAGCACUGAGGCCGGUGGGCUUCAUCACAUGGUGAUGGUUUGAAGAAAAACAUUUCAUCAUGGGCAUAAGAAAAGAGGACAAACUAAAAAACAAAACGCGGUACUUUGGACUAUCAGCU